AUGGCCGGUUGUAUCGCGCCACAAUUAAGCUCUCAAUCCUUCGCGAAGACGACCACCUCCUACGCGCCACGCCACUUCAGCCCUAGAAUGUCGCACCAGCCACCAAAAUCGAGUACCAGCUUCUUCAAUUCCGCAACAAAGCUACUUUGGGGACCAUCUCUACCUCCGGGUCUACUUAUCACCACCGCUCGAACGGCAUGGACCACCGUAUGGCAGCUCAUGAUGACCCAACUCGCUCCAUCAGAUUCAUCCGGGUCAUACACCCGACCCACUUCCAAAUUUCGCCUCGACCCGACCCAAUUCCCUUCCGCCGCUUCUUCGGAGAUCCAUCUCUACGUGGGUCUUCCCUGCCCUUGGGCUCACCGGACUCUAAUCGUACGAGCUCUCAAGGGUUUAGACGACGCCGUUCCGGUCUCAAUCGCAUCUCCAGGUCAAGAUGGGUCAUGGGAAUUCAAGGAUAAGAAUAUCCCAGGAAUGGAUAAGGAUAAACUUAUCCCGAGUUUGGAUAAGGCAAAUCGGUGCCGGAAUCUGAAGGAAGUGUAUAAGUCGAGAAGCGGAGGUUACGACGGGAGAUGUACGGUUCCGAUGUUGUGGGAUUCGAGGAAGAAAGAUGUUGUUUGUAACGAAAGCUACGAUAUUAUCGAGUUCUUCAAUUCCGGUCUAAACGAAUUGGCUCGAAACGCUAAUCUCGAUCUCUCGCCGCCUGAUUUGAAAGGAAAGAUCGAAGAUUGGAAUCAGAUUGUGUAUCCUAAAGUUAACAAUGGCGUUUACAGGUGCGGAUUUGCGCAGAGCCAAGAAGCGUAUGAUCGAGCAGUGAGUGAAAUCUUUAGUACCUUAGAUGAGAUUGAGGAUCACUUAGGUGGUAACAGAUACUUGUGUGGAGAAAGGUUGACGUUGGCGGAUGUAUGUCUGUUCACAACUUUGAUUCGUUUCGAUCUUGUUUACAACAUUCUAUUCAAAUGUACGAAGAAGAAGCUCGUUGAGUACCCUAAUCUCUAUGGCUAUUUACGCGAUAUAUAUCAGAUUCCAGGUGUUGCGGCUACUUGUGAUCUUCCCGCUAUAAUGGAUGGGUACUACAAAACGCUGUUUCCACUAAACGCAAGUGGAAUUCAACCAGCCAGUUCUGCUUCCGGUGAUCAAGAUUCGCUCUUGAGACCUCAUAACAGAGACUUGGUGGGUAAAACCGUUGAAGCAAAUCUCCCGGUGUAA